AUGGUCAACAUUCCCAAGACCCGUAAGACCUACUGCAAGGGCAAGGAGUGCCGCAAGCACACCCAGCACAAGGUCACUCAGUACAAGGCUGGCAAGGCCUCGCUUUUCGCCCAGGGAAAGCGCAGAUACGACCGCAAGCAGUCCGGUUACGGUGGUCAGACCAAGCCUGUCUUCCACAAGAAGGCCAAGACCACAAAGAAGGUUGUGCUGAGAUUGGAGUGCGUUUCUUGCAAGACCAAGAUGCAGCUGGCCCUGAAGCGUUGCAAGCACUUCGAGCUUGGUGGUGACAAGAAGACAAAGGGUGCUGCUCUUGUUUUCUAA